UUAGAAUUUUUUGUGUUGGAUUUAAACAUUUCAACUUAUUUUACAUCCUGUUUUAAUAUUAUAAUGGCAUUGACAUUAAGUAAAUGUGAAAACAUUUGACUGAGCAGGUUAUAUUAGCAGCAAUUUAGAUUCAUAUAAUAUAAUUGGUUUUUGAGAAUGAAUGUAUACAUUCUAAGCAUUGACAUUUAGUAAAUGUGAAAACAUUUGGCUGGACAGGUUAUGUUAGCAACAAUUAAAAUUCAUAUAAUGUAAUUGGUUUUUGAGAAUGAAUGUAUACAUUCUAAUUUAUUUUAAAUCCUGUUUGUAAUAAUUUAAAUUCAUGUAAUGUAAUUUGCUGUUGUAUAUGAACAUGUUUCAGCACCCAUCUAAGGUAAGGUUAUUGUAGAAAUUUAUUCAAGGAGGGUAUUGACCAUGGUAAAAGGUGAAUGUCAUAAACAUUUGGCUGGGAUAGGUUAUGUUAGCGUCAAUUUAAAGUCAUGUAAUGUGAUUUUGCUGUUGUACCUGUAUGUUCAUGUUUUAGCAGGUUUCUAUAAUGUAAGGCUAUGACCAUUUGUAUACUUAAUUAUUGAAGUAGUGGUAAAAAUCUGUGUAUAAAAGACAGAGGGUAUUCUCUAAUAUUCACCAGUCUUCAAGAUUUCAUCCCAGGACAAGAAGCUCAGUUCAACAGAAAUACUACCAAAAUAAAAUGUCGUACCGUACAAUUGCUUCAACUGAUUCAGAGAAUGAACAUUUUAGCGAAUCAAUUGAUAUAAGACCGUCUUUUUCAAAAACAAAACCUGGAUCAAAACGUUCUGCAGAAAAAACAAGUGUUAAAAAACCUAUGAAAAAGAAGCAGAAUAAAAUGAAUGCAUCAUACAGAGAUAAUAUCAGCGAACGCUUGAGAUCAGAAGAUUUUGAUGUUGAAGUAUUUAAUUCGCUAACAUUCAGACAAGAAGAUGGCGUUGUGACAAUAAAGACGCCUUUUGAAGAAAAAGGAAAGGAUCUUUGGGUGCUAAGUCAUUAUAAGGUUACUAACAUCGAGAAUGUACCAGUAAAGGACAGAUGGAAGUUCAGUGAAGCUACUGUUAGAUUGUACACGACCGACGAAUCAAAAGAUCAAACACUUCAUACUGGUCUUAAUGAGACAAUGCAAAUUAUAUUUGAUAAAUUACUAACCGAUCCAAAGCGUCAAACUAUUAAAAGCAAGACGGUUGUUUGAUUAUUAUACGGAAAAAUGAGUUUCAUUUAAUAAAACAAAAUAUUAUUAUACA